CUUCUUCAUCGCAACCCAUCCUUACAUUUAUGUGCCUGACGAAUACAGAAGAGAGUUUUUGAGUGAACGAUUAAGACCCAGGUCUCUCUCGGUGUUUUAUAACCUCAAAUAUACUGAUUGGCAUACUCUGUUGUGCAGUAUUUCUUCAUUAAAUGUCAUGACCAGUCCACCCACCAACACGCAGCUGAUGAGGAUCGAUGCGGCUGCGUCAAAGACGACGCAUAUGCGUCCUGAUACGCACACCGGGCUCCAGCUAUACUCUAGAUAUGCUUUCGCUGGAGCAAUUUGCUGCUCAGUAACUCAUGGGGUUCUCACACCCGUGGAUGUGAUCAAAACCCGAAUCCAGCUUGACCCUGUCACGUAUAACAGAGGUCUGAUAGGUACUCUCCGACAAGUCGUUGCUAAAGAGGGCGCUCAGACUCUUCUCACCGGCCUUGGGCCUACAGUCGUUGGUUACUUCUUGCAAGGAGGGCUUCGAUUUGGAGGCUACGAGUUUUUCAAAAGACAGAGCACUGAAUGGUUUGGGCAUGAGACUGCGUCAAACAAUCGCACCGCCAUUUACCUUACAUCAGCUGCACUUGCUGAGUUCUUUGGCGAUAUCGCUCUAUGUCCACUUGAGGCCACCCGCAUUCGUCUGGUAGCUGAGCCUAACUUCGCCAGUGGCCUUGUGAGUGGUUUCGCCAAGAUAGCCAGGCACGAGGGUAUCAGUGCAUUCUAUUCCGGCUUUGGGCCCAUAUUGUUGAAGCAGGUCCCAUAUACAAUGGCUGCGUUCGUCGUCUUCGAAAAUGCUCAGUCAGUCGCAUAUAAAGCGAUCGACAAGUCGACGAUCUCCAACACUGCACAAACUGCCAUAGACUUGGGCUCUGGCCUUCUCGCUGGUUUUGCAGCUGCGUUCGUCUCGCAACCUGCCGAUACUAUGUUGAGCAAGAUCAAUAAGACUAGGGGCCUUCCUGGAGAGGGGACUAUAAGUCGGUUGAGUAAGAUAACAAAGGAGCUUGGGUUUCGUGGCAGCUACAGUGGAAUUGGACCUCGCCUGGUUAUGGUUGGCGGUAUGGGCGCUGGCCAAUUCGCCAUUUAUGGUUCUAUCAAGAAGGCCCUUGGAGCGACUGAAUGAGUAGAGAUCUCAGGGGCGGGUCCAACAUUAUUGUUUGAGAUAGAAGGUGGCUUUUCAGCGCCUACUUUACUAAGUAGUCACCUCCUUAGGCGCGGAGAAUUCAUAUCCAAGACAAAUUCUGCAUCAUCAUGUAUGUCUUUCGCGAUGCUCUAGAUUACUUUAGUUAUAGGUUCAUAGUAUCCAUAUAUAAGUGCUAUUCAUGCU